AUGAAGGUCACAUUGGUGCUGUUAGUUCUGGCGUGUGCCAUAAGCCUCGCCUAUGGAGACCUAGUCUGCGGUUCAAGCUACUGCAAAGAUAACCCAUGCACGGCGAAUAUCAGCGCAAAGGCCUGUAAAACACCUGCGUUGUACCGAGCCAACCACGCCGGCAAAUGUGCUUGCUGCCCGGCCUGCGUUACUUUAUUAUCUGAAGGGGCUGCGUGCAAGACUUACAGCAAGGAGUUAGGAGAAACUCCAUCAGCAGUUUGUCGUGAACCACUCAAAUGUCUCAAGGGUGUCUGCACCAAAGUAGCGCCUAGAUUUGGUUUGAAAUACCACCAUUUCAAUUAA